UGAAGAAAUGAAGAAGUGAAACACAUCCAAGUGAAGCAAAUGAGAAAAGGAAGUAAGAUUCCCUUAAGGGAGAAAUAACAUAAUUAAGUCUUCUUAGGCACAGAGAGAAAGAAUUCUAUGGCCCACUGUGGAAGAAAACAGAAGCAGUAUCUCAUUUGCUCUCAACUUUCCUGUUCCUUCUGCUCUGUCGUUGGAUGUAGGAGUGCAUGCUUGUCAAAAACCACAAUUCUAGAGCUCAGCAAAUCUGGCAAAGAUUCAAGAAAAGUCUGAGUCAUAACUGACGAUUUCAGUUAUGCAAAAAGAAAAUAUCUUGGUGUUUUGCAUCUAAAGUACAGACUAAUAUGAAUUGGAAACUCAUCAGUACACUAGUACCAACUUUGGCUAUUAAGCUAAUAGGAACUUCUUUGUUCUUUGUAUAUAUUUCACAGAUCUUCUCAGAAGUUCCCAAAAUCACCUCACCAGGAAAAACCAGCUGCCCCUUAAGAUGGACUCUGUAUGAAGGGAAGUGCUACUACUUUUCUACUGUGCAAAAAACAUGGGACGAGAGCCAAAAAGAAUGUGCCCAGUUAAAUUCUCAUCUUGCUAUUAUCAACAACAAAGCAGAACUGGCAUUCCUGAACAGCAGAACACGAAAUUCAGAUUACUUCAUUGGCCUAAGAAAUUUCAUUGGACAGUGGAAGUGGAUUGAUAACACAAAGUUUGACCCUGGCAUAUUUAAUAUUCGAGAUAAAACAAAUGACUGUGCUGCAAUUGGAUUAAAUUCCACCCUCUCAAGAUCUUGCUCUGAAUUAAACCGCUUCAUUUGUGAGGAGAAGGUAUAAAAACUCUUUGGACAAUGGAAAUUCACAGCAAGAUAUAAUCGGAAUUCUAUCCUCAGCUCAUAAACUUUGGCCCUGAUAAGAAAGUGAAUCUACUGUGAUGCAAUUAAAAAUUUGGAGUGAAUACUCCUCUCCAACCCACUUCAGGUUACAUGGAAUUCUGUCUUUAGAUCCAAUUCCUCCUUGAGUGAAUAUAUCAACCUGUAUUUUAUUGCUGCUUUAAAAA